CACACACAAUCACAAAGCCAUCAUUAAGUCACAAUUAGCCAUGGCCAUUGACUGGUUCUCAUGGCUAGCAAAAACCGGCUUAGACUCAUCUCUAGUCUACGAUUAUGGCCUAUCUUUCUCCCAAAAUGAGCUCGAAGAAGAAGACAUAACCUACUUGAACCAUGAAUUCCUCCAAAGCAUGGGUAUCUCCAUUGCCAAACAUAGGCUAGAGAUCCUCAAGCUCGCUAGUAAAGAAACGCGAUAUCAUCAUCAUCAUCAUUCCGUCUCAAACAUAAUUGUGGCCAUCAAAAGGACCAAGAAACGUCUAGCCAAGUGCAUUCGCUCUCUCGUUCAUCGCAAUGAGAAGAGUGGAGGAGGAGGAACAAUUGUGAUCGUGCCAAAGAGGAGUUAUAGUGCCUCGAGGUUGAAGGGGACAACUAUGCUCAAGAGGAACAAGAAGAUGAUUAUGAAUAGUCAGGAUAUUCAAGGGAGGCUCUUGUUGACGAAUGGAAGCCCAUUGAUCAUUUCUGAUCAACGCAAUCCUAGGGUUCAUAGUUUUUCUAGCCCAUUAAUUGUUCAUCAUCAUGACCUACAAGAAGGUAGUGAAAAGGCCGAAGUAGACAACGAAGAAGAAGAAGAAGGUGAUCCUUAUUGGUCGAGUCGCAUGGAGAUCAGAUGGGAUGCUAUGUUCCAAGAUCUUAAACCUACUUGAUCACUUAAGGUUCACAAUUGUUUGAUCAUUAUUUUGUUAAUUCAUGUCUUGGUUUUUAUAGUUGUUUAUUGAGGUAUAUUGGUUAAUGUAAAUUUAGUGGUAUGGCUAGAGGAUGAGUGUUUUUGUGGGUCCUCUUUCAAGAUGUUUUGUUUAUUACAAAUGUGUGUAUGAGAGAAUUCAAGAGUAAGAAUUAAUUUUGAUCCUUUACUUGAUUGAUGGAUCAUUGUGGAAA